AUGUUCGACGGCGUGCCCCUAGGCGAGUAUGUCGAUGCCAGCCCGGCCAGGCAGCCCGAGCCAGUAACGCUCGAGGGAUCCUACGUGACCCUCGUGCCCUUGGUCCCGUCACACGCGCCCGCUCUCUACGAGCAGCUCUGCGUGAACUCCCCCGAGGCGACGUGGGCAUACAUGUCGGCGGGGCCGUUCACGGACCUGGGGUCCUUCACCACGCACAUCUCCAACUUCAGCACGUCGCGGGACCCGCUCUUCUUCACGGUACUGCCCCGGCAGGACAUCGUGUCGGCCAAGGGCGGCGGCGCGGUGCUGGUCCGGGCGGGCACGCCGGCCGGGUACGUGAGCCUGAUGCGCAUCGACGCGCGCAGCCGGGCGGUCGAGGUCGGGCACAUCACGCUGGGGGCGGCGCUGCAGCGCACGCGGCCGGCGACCGAGGCGCUGUUCCUGGUGCUGCGCCACUGCCUCGCGGGCCUGGGCUUCCGCCGGGUCGAGUGGAAGUGCGACGCGCUCAACGCGCGGAGCCGGCGGGCGGCCGCGCGCUACGGCUUCGUGCCCGAGGGCGUCUUCCGCCGCCACAUGAUCGUCCGCGGCCGAAACCGCGACACGGCCUGGUUCUCCAUGGUUGACGGUGAGGAGUGGGAGGCCCGCCGGGAGGCGUUCGAGAAGUGGUUGGACCCCGGUAACUUCGAUGAGCGGGGACAGCAGAAGAAGAAGUUGGAGGACUUCAGGGGGUAG